CCUGAGGGGCGGGGUGGAGCCGCGGCGCUCCUCCCAUUUACCCCCCAGCGGCGCGCGCGCGCGGGAGCUGCGGUUGGGGACGUUGGAGGCGCGCGGCGCGGAGCGGCGGCUGCGGAUCUAGUUUUGUUUGGCAUUGAAGAUCUCUCAUGGAGAAUGGUUAAGUAGGAGUCAGUGACAUCACUCGGCAGGAAACAUUCUUGGAAGGAAGAGUUGCUAUCAAAGCAAUCUUGCAUGAUCAUAAAAGACUCACAGAUAACCUCUUCAGUAGUUGAAUACUUACUCCGCUGGCCAUAGAGCAGCUUAUUGACUGAAAUACAGACAUUGCAGAUACUGGAUUUUCAGCAUGAAAUUUCCCUUGAGAAAUUUGUUCCUGACCUUCCGUAAAAAUGUCCAAGCAACAGCCUGCUCAGUUUACCAAUCCAGAAACCCCUGGCUAUGUUGGAUUUGCAAACCUGCCCAAUCAGGUUCACCGAAAGUCUGUGAAAAAGGGGUUUGAAUUUACUCUUAUGGUGGUUGGUGAAUCUGGACUGGGGAAAUCUACAUUAAUAAACAGCCUGUUCUUGACAGAUCUCUACCCAGAAAGGAUAAUCCCAGGAGCUGCUGAGAAGAUUGAGCGCACUGUGCAGAUUGAAGCCUCUACAGUUGAAAUUGAAGAAAGGGGUGUGAAGCUACGUCUGACGGUUGUAGAUACACCAGGAUAUGGGGAUGCUAUCAAUUGUCGAGACUGUUUCAAGACCAUAAUCUCUUACAUUGACGAGCAGUUUGAGCGAUACCUGCAUGAUGAGAGUGGUUUGAACAGAAGGCAUAUCAUAGAUAACCGGGUCCAUUGCUGCUUCUAUUUCAUUUCGCCAUUUGGUCAUGGCCUUAAGCCUCUGGAUGUUGAGUUCAUGAAGGCUAUACACAACAAAGUAAAUAUUGUACCAGUGAUUGCAAAAGCUGAUACUCUUUCUCUGAAAGAGCGAGAAAGACUAAAGAAAAGGAUUCUGGAUGAAAUAGAAGAGCAUGGCAUCAAGAUUUAUCACCUGCCUGAUGCUGAAUCUGAUGAGGAUGAAGAUUUUAAAGAGCAGACCAGACUCCUGAAGGCCAGCAUUCCAUUUUGUGUAGUGGGUUCCAAUCAACUUAUUGAAGCCAAAGGUAAAAAAGUUCGAGGUCGACUCUACCCCUGGGGUGUAGUUGAAGUGGAAAAUCCAGAACAUAAUGACUUCCUGAAGCUGAGGACCAUGUUAAUCACCCAUAUGCAAGAUCUUCAGGAGGUGACCCAGGAUCUUCACUAUGAGAACUUCCGCUCUGAGAGGCUCAAGCGAGGCGGCAGGAAAAUAGAAGAUGAAGAAGUAAAUAAAGACCAGAUUCUGCUUGAAAAAGAAGCUGAACUUCGUCGUAUGCAGGAGAUGAUUGCAAGAAUGCAGGCACAGAUGCAGCUGCAGAUGCAAAGUGGAGACGGAGAUAACAGCGCAGUUCAUGAACACCACGUAUAAAUGAUUAUACCUUGAUUUAAUGGAGACCUUCUGAAGUUGAAUUGCGGUGGUGUUACACCAGAAAGGAUGCCUUUGCUCAACAUGUGACUUGGAGUUUGCUUUAGAGUUUAAUGUGGAAAUGCAUUGUGGUAACUUGUGAUACGUAUUUCAUAACCUGUAGUCAGUCAAUAUUUUAUAUAUUAUACACAUUUGACUUUGGUUUUGUUUAGUAAUUCUUAUAUUGAGCUGAUUUUCAAUUUCCCAUUGUAUGAGGGAUACGAAAUAGACAUUGAAACUUUUCCAGCCUGUUAAGGUGUUAGAUGAUUUUUUUUUUUUUUUUUUUUUUAUAUGGCUUAUUAGCUCCCUGCUCUUAACUUUGUAUUACAUGUAGAAAUAAACGGCUGCCAGUGAUCCCUUGCUCAGUGGCAUGUAACAGGAUCCCCACUAAAGAUCCCCGCAAGGUUAACUUUGUAUUUUUUGCUGUGUUUACAGGUGUGUAAGUCCAUGCUGUGAGUCCAUCAGCCCUUUUUUUGUCUCUGCUCAUUGCAGAUGUUUUCCUUGGCCUCUGCAAGUAUCAAGUUAAUUCAAGCAUGCCUUUUGUCUUAACAAAAGAAAUGAGGCAAUGUCUCUUUAAGAGGCACACUGUAUUUUAUAUGAUAAGCAUGAUUUAACCUUGUGGGACGUAUAUUCUUUAUUCUAUAUUGUUUGCCUAAACUCUUUUGCAGAGAAUUUUUAAGAGUUUCUUGUAGGCCAGCACAAAUUAGUCCUGCUGUUUUCUGGCUUUACUGUAGCCAAAGGAACUUGAAUAAUGCCAAUAUUGUUAAAUGAGUUAAACCCCAAAGAGUUAUUUUCAUGGAACACGGGUGCUUCCUAUAUCCAAACACAUAAGAAAUUCUAGAAUUCCUAACGAAUAUUUUCAUACUAUUUUUAGGACAUUGGAAACUGUUGAUUGUAGUAUAAAAUAUAUAUAAUAGCACACUCCUCUUGUUUUUGAAGUGAUCUGUGCCUGACAGGAUCAAUACAAACUGUAUUUUAAGGUCUUGCUCCAAGAUGGAGUCAGCAGUAUUACUUCAGAAGUGACUCUGAUAACUUACACUUCUCUUUUCCUUUUUUUAUGCCAAGGUCACUUUCCUUAACACUGACAGUAAAGGAGACUGGUUUUUAGCAUGGCUGGACUUGUACUACGUAUCAUGUCUGGUAUUGCAUUUGCAGUACGUAAGAACAGCUAUAGUGUACAGCUUCAUAGGUUGCAGCUAGGAGGGUAAGCAGUAAUACACCAUGGUUGGUUUUUAUUACUUCUGAUAAAGCCAGCAAUCAGAUUUCCUAAUCUGAUCUGUUAUAAAAGGUUGCUAUCUGAACAGCUAACUAACAGAUAGAAUUGCAACUUUUCUCUUCUUUAAGCUCAGGUGCAGCUAUGACUUUGAUAGGUUGUUUUUUUGCCAAUGUUUCUUUGAAAAAUGAAUAGGAUUUGUACAGCUAUCGUGUGAUUCCAGCAGUGCUUCAGUGGCUUGAUUAAAUACAAACCUGCAAAGCAACUGAAAUGUGUACCUGUCUGAAACUACUGAUUAUGAGUUGUUUUAUAUUUGAUCUUUAUAAAAAUGUGAAGUAAAAUCCUGCAUUGUAGCCUUUGCUAGGGAGCUCCAGUUUUCUUCUCAAAAGCAGUUACUAUCAAAGUUUUGUACAACUCAUUUGGCCUUCCUUAACCUUGACAAAAGUGAAAAUGAGAACCUUUUUCUAUAUUGAGGUGCACAGAAGGCUUAAGUCCCAUUUUGUCAUAUAUUUACAUAUAAAACUUAGAUGGAAAAACAUGCACUUCGAAGUUCUUGUCUUGCUUUUUCAAAAGAAAGUGUAGAAACAAAGUAAUGUGGCACUGUUGUCAGAAAACACUCCACAACACCUGAUUUAGUUCAACAUCUUUUGAUGAGUUUUGUGAAUCAGUUAUAAGUUUCUAAAACAAAGUUACUAUACAUUGAAGUCAUUGAAUACUUUGUGAAGUCUCAUGCUGUUCUUAGUUGCCACAAAUCUGUUUUGUUUGUUUGGGGUUUUGGUUUUGUUUUGUUUUGUUGAUGGAGUUUUUUUUUCUCCCUGAUGAUGCAGCAUUUAUCCACUUUUAAGCUGUUUGUCCGGUCUUUCUCUGUUAAAUGUUUUGAACACAGCAUGCUUCAGACUCUGUCUGCUUUGCCAGCUCUGGGACAUUGGUGUUUUCACCUGUAAGCUUGGUAGGGUCUGGUAAGCUGCGAUAGCACUAUGAACCCAUACUUGAAGAAAAACUUUGAAAUCAAAAAUGCAUGCAAAGGGAGACUGGUUGCGUGUGCAACUCUCUCUCUGUAUGUUGGUUUGAUAGUUUUUUUCCUGUAUUUUCUGCCAUGGGAACAAAAGUAGAUUGUCCAUGCAUUUAGUGCUCUUGGGUCACUACCUGUGGAAUUAUUUUAAGCAAUCUCUUAUUCUUUGAAAUAUCAUGAUUCUAUUAAAAUACUUGAUCAGGGUAUUCUGUUUGAUUCUUAGGCAGAUAAUUUUUGAUCUACAGAAUCUAGCAGGAGAAGUAUUUUCCUAUGUUUUGGUUUGUUUUUUAAUAAGAAAAGGCAAGUUUAUAUCACUUGCUGUUUUAAGUGAAAUGCUUAAGACAGCCAAUUGUUUCUUCUUCCCAAGUCUUUGGGGCAAUCAUUCAUAGUGUGCUUGAUGUCUCUGAAGGUGUGUUUUCCCUUCACUUUCUUGCAGUGGUCUUGUGAUUAAUGGUUUCAUGGUAAGACAUGAAAAGCGAGACUACCUUUCUCAGAUUCUGUUUCAGACAAACUCAACUACUGGUAGAAGAAAUACUUGGAGACAAAAGGUAGCUGUUGUUUGGUGGCUUGCUGAAGUAGCCACAAUUCUUUUUCUGUUACAGCAUUGUAACGGUUUUUAUUUUAGGAGUAAAAAUACUUUUAAAUUUGCAGAGCUUUAUAGUUGGUAGCAAAAAUGACUUGCUCUUGAUACAAAAAUCUGUUACAUUCUGGUUUAUGUACUGCCAGUAGCCGAAACUAAAAUAAAAAAUGCUAAAAUACACCUUUUUUGUUAUGAUUCUUUAUUAUAAUCAACCUUUGCAAUAUUAAUUUGUUUGUGGUGAUACGUUUUAAAUACAAAGGAGAAAUGCAGAUGUGUUUGAAAGAGAACACACUGAUGAACCUGCAUAAAAUAUGGUCAUUUAGUAUGGUAUGCUCCAAAUGUAUUGGUACAGUGCAUUUCCCUAUGGGUGUUCCCAGAGCUGCCAAAGUCCUGCCUAUGGGAUCUUGCCUUUUCAGCAGUUCUCACCAAACUUGCAUGUCCCUUAAUUAUUAUGUAUUUGUUUCAUUUAUCUGCAGUAUUUAGUGUGGAACUGGUACGUUAAAGGAAGAUGCAUCUUUAGGCUAUAGGGAGAGGAGAGGCAAGGAAGCAUC